AUGUAAAAAUUGGAAAUUUAGAGGAUAGUUGGAAAGAGAAUAAAGAACAGUAAAUUAGAAUAUUUGGCACUAUGUAAUUAAGGAUAUGUUUGGCUUUCUAUAAAAUUAUUAAAAUAUAAUUUACGAUUAGUGGCAGAUUAUGAAUAUAUUUCACUUUAGAAACAGAAAGAGAUUGUUCAGAAUAUUGAAACAUUUGAAAUUAAAUUGACUUUUGAUUAGAAAUGCGAAUGGAAUUAAAUGAAAGAGGAUGAAGAUUAAGUAGAUAAAUCUUUAAAUCAAAUACAUAAGCAAGAUAUUUCUGAAUUAGAAGUUCGGAGAAGAAAGAGAUUUGAUUAAUUUAUUUGA